UAGCAAAGGUAUUAAGGUCUCGGUUUAGAUUAUAUUUCAGAAAUCUGACGCUCUAUAUUUUUGCUAAAACACUGUAAAAGGAGGGGGGCAAAAGUUGGCGCCAAAAUUUUGCUUCUUAAGGUGCUUUUUACCGCUAUCGCAACGUCUUCUCUCUCUCCCUCCCACGUUCUGAAAAUGCAGCGCCAAAAAUCGAUACUCUCGUUAUUGCAAAAACCUUCGCCGGCGAGCCAAAACGGCGCUGUCGGUGAGGUAAAAGGUCAAGGAGCUUCUCUGUUUCCUUCUAAACAGAACCUGAAUGGCGACGUUUGUGGCUCCUCUUUAGAAGUCACAGGCACUGAUACUCCACCGGAGAAGGUGCCUCGUAAGGUUUUACCGGUAAACUUCGCAUCGAAUGCCGAGGCUAGGGGUUCCUCUUCUCUGUUUUCUAGUAUCAUGCACAAGUUUGUGAAGGCUGACGACAGAGAAAAUGGAAGUCAGAGGAACCAGGCAGCUGACAAAUCUUCUGAUGUGGAGGAAUUGCCUAGGGUUGAGCUAACUGCUAAACCAUCUGAAAAGGUCAAUGUUCUAAACGUCGAGAAUGAUGAUGAUCUCAGACCUGAAACACCUGCUACACGACCUGGUGUUUCCCGUUUCAAGCGAAUUCAAGAUUAUUUCCCUACUUUUGGGGAUAAGGACGAUUCUUUAUUAGACUCCAGUAAAAGAAUAAAGCUUCUCCAGGAAUCUAUUGUUGGGAACAAUAAUCACAAGAAUGAUAGUGAUGUUGCUAGCAAAUUUGAGUGGCUUGAUCCUUCUCGCAUAAAGGAUGCUAAUGGAAGAAGGCCUAGUGACCCCCUUUACGACAAGAAGACUCUUUUUAUACCUCCCGAUGUUCUCAAGAAUAUGUCAGCAUCUCAAAAACAAUAUUGGGGUGUCAAAUGUCAAUAUAUGGAUAUUGUUCUCUUCUUUAAAGUGGGAAAAUUCUAUGAGCUUUAUGAGAUAGAUGCUGAAAUUGGCCACAAGGAGCUUGAUUGGAAGAUGACAGUAAGCGGAGUAGGCAAAUGCCGCCAGGUUGGUAUACCAGAAAGUGGAAUUGAUGAUGCUGUUCAAAAGCUAGUUGCUCGCGGAUACAAAGUGGGACGUAUGGAGCAGUUAGAGACAUCUCAGCAAGCAAAAGCUAGGGGUGCAAAUUCUGUCAUUCAAAGAAAGUUAGUUCAAGUGAUCACCCCAUCAACAGCAGUUGAUGGUAACAUUGGACCUGAUGCUGUUCAUCUACUUGCUAUAAAGGAGGGCAACUAUGGAGUUGAGAAUGGUUCAACUACAUAUGGGUUUGCUUUUGUUGAUUGUGCUGCUCUAAAAUUUUGGGUUGGUUCUAUUAGUGAUGAUGCUACUUGUUCUGCUCUGGGAGCUUUAUUGAUGCAGGUGUCUCCUAAGGAAGUCAUAUAUGAACAUAGAGGGCUGUCCAGAGAAGCUCAUAAAGCACUAAAGAAGUACUCAUUUAGUGGAACUACAGCAGUUCAACUGAGUCCUGGAUUCUCUACUGAUUUUCUGGAUGCUUCUGAAGUUAGAAAUAUGAUUCAGUCAAAAGGGUACUUUAAGGGGUCGCCUAAUUCAUAUUUUAAUGCUUUUGAUGGUGUGGUGCACCAUGAUGUUGCAGUGUGUGCUCUUGGUGGAUUAGUCAGUCAUAUGUCACGAUUGAUGCUGAAGGACAUUUUACAGAGUGGAGAUGUCUUACCCUACCAUGUUUAUCAAGGUUGCCUCAGAAUUGAUGGGCAGACAAUAGUAAAUCUUGAGAUUUUCAGUAAUAGUGCUGAUGGUGGUUCUUCAGGUACAUUGUAUAAGUAUCUUGAUAACUGUGUGACAUCAUCUGGUAAGCGCCUCUUAAGGAACUGGAUUUGUCAUCCACUGAAAGAUGUUGACAGCAUUAAUAAAAGGCUAGAUGUGGUUGAAGAACUCAUGUCACAUUCAGAAAUUAUGUUAAUCAUUGGUCAAUAUCUUCGCAAACUUCCAGACUUAGAAAGGUUACUUGGACGUGUUAAGGCUAGCAUACAAUCAUCAGCUUCUCUCGCUCUUCCCAUGAUAGGCAAAAAAGUACUCAAACAACUGGUAAAGGCUUUUGGUACACUUGUCAAAGGUCUCUGGAGUGGAAUGGAUUUGUUAAGGCUAUUACAAAAGGAUGCAGAUAUGGUAUCUCUAUUAUCAAAAGUUUUUAAGUUUCCAAUUCUAAGUGGUGCUAAUGGGCUUGAUGAAUUCCUCACUCAAUUUGAAGCAGCCAUAGAGAGCGACUUCCCAAAUUACCAGAACCAUGAUUUAACAGAUUCGGAUGCUGAAACACUUUCCAUACUGAUCGAGUUAUUUAUUGAAAAAGCUUCUCAAUGGUCUCAAGUUAUUCAUGCCCUAAACUGCAUCGAUGUACUAAGAUCUUUUGCAGUAACUGCAAGUUUUUCAUCUGGGACUAUGGCAAGGCCUGUUGUAUUGCCCCAAUCAAAAACCAUAACCUCUAAUCAAGGAGGACCAAUACUUAAAAUUACAGGGCUUUGGCAUCCAUUUGCCCUUGGGGAGAAUGGUGUACUGCCUGUCCCAAAUGACAUUUUCCUUGGUGAAGGUGUAAAUGACUAUACUCCUCGUGCUUUGCUAUUGACUGGACCGAACAUGGGUGGAAAGUCAACUCUCUUGCGUGCCACUUGUCUGGCUGUUAUACUGGCCCAGUUGGGAAGUUUUGUGCCCUGUGAGACAUGUGUUAUCUCACUUGUGGAUACAAUCUUUACAAGGCUUGGUGCUACUGACCGGAUCAUGACUGGCGAGAGUACCUUCCUUGUGGAGUGCACUGAAACGGCAUCAGUUCUUCAAAAUGCCACCCAAGAUUCUCUUGUUCUUCUCGAUGAGCUGGGUCGAGGAACAAGCACUUUUGAUGGAUAUGCUAUUGCAUAUGCUGUGUUCCGCCAUCUUGUUGAAAAGGUUCAUUGUCGGCUGUUAUUUGCAACACAUUACCAUCCACUCACAAAGGAAUUUGCAUCUCAUCCACAUGUUAUACUGCAACACAUGGCUUGCUCUUUUAAGAUGAAGUCUGAAGGUUAUUCUAAAGGUGAGCAAGAGCCAAGUUUCCUAUAUCGGCUUACUAAUGGAGCAUGCCCGGAGAGUUAUGGUUUGCAAGUUGCAAUCAUGGCUGGGAUCCCAGAAAAGGUAGUUGAAGCUGCCUCAAAGGCUGGACAAGUAAUGAAAAUAAGUGUUGGGGAAAGUUUUAAGUCAAGUGAACGGAGGUCAGAGUUCUCAACUCUCCAUGAAGAGUGGUUAAGGAGCCUAGUAAGUGUCUCACAGGUUGAAAAUUGUAACUUCGAUGAUGGCGAUUACGACACAUUAUUUUGCCUGUGGCAUGAGCUAAAAAAUUCAUAUGGGGCCAGCAACUAAAUACAAGAAUAGCAUUUGGUUGUAAGAUUGCAUUGCAGAAACCAUGUUUUCUAAGGGUCCUAGGUGCAUAUUCAGCUGCAGCCACAAAACUCCAUUGUACAGUUUCUUUUCUUUGCUAAGAGUCGUACUAAACUCUUGUCUAUAUAUUUUGUUGGUUUUUAGUUUUAAUAUUCAUCAUGUCAGCUAUCCUUGAUAUGUAUUCGGUUACUUUGAAGAAGAAACAAUCAUCUGCAAUUUGCAGAUGAUUUUAUAGCCGUA